AUGGCCGUGGCCAAGGAGUCCCAGCAGCGGCUGCUGCCGCAAAACCCGAGCGAUUCCGACGACGACCUCGAGUUCUCUCAAAUCCCCAUCCCCCAGGACCGACGGAAGAGGAGGCCCUGGUUGCCGCUGCUGGUCCGGGCCGUUCUCUUUCUCGCCGUCGCCGUCGUCCUCUGCGCCGCAUCCUUCUUCGCCGGCGCCCGUGCUGCCAUUCGGCCGUCGGCCUUGGAUGCCAAGUGCGCCGCCCACACGACGCAGUGGUCACCGCUCCUCAAGGACGUGCCCAUACGUUACGAGGCCCAGCUGUUCAACGGCUCCUUCAUGAAGGAGAACAUCUAUCGUCAGGUCGGAUCCCCCGAGGUCGACAAGGCCUGGGAUGACCUCGGCGUCAACUACCGACCGGGCGUCAUAUCGUACGAGGACGGCCUCGCGAGCGGGCUGCAACCGUCGUUUGUCCAGCGAGCCCACAAGUACGGCGGCGGAUUCCUCGUCAACGUCGAGGGAAUGCACCACCUCCACUGCCUCAAUCUGCUGCGAAAGUCCCUCUACUUCAACUUUGAUCGCUACAAGGAGAUGGGCCAGCACGCCUUCAAAAACGACGACAAGAUCCUGCGCCUGCACGUCACCCACUGCCUCGACACCAUACGCCAAGUCUUGAUGUGCAACGCCGACACGGGCGUCCUCGGCCAGGUCUGGGCCGGCGAGAAGCCUGCGGCCUUUCCCGACUUCAACACGAAGCACCGCUGCAAAAACUAUGACGACAUUCGAGUUUGGGCCGAGAAGCUUCAAGCGCCUGCCAUCAAAGACAUACCCGAUGACUAUUUGGAGAGACCGCGACCGGGAGAUAGCGUGCCCUUUACGCCAUGA